GCAGAUUUCUCCUAUUCCCACACGAAUCAUUUAAUCAUGGGGAAUUUAUUUUCCACAUUGGCAGUUCCGAAUCGAUGACUAUCUAGGAUAAUUUAUUUCUCGGCAGGUUGGCAAUUCUGAGUUAAUAACAUUGCGUUUUUUUUAUCCAAAAAUUAAAUUAAAUAAUUACCGGGGAGAGAGGGCAACGAUCCUACCAUCUCAUUGGACGAUUAAAAAGCUUCCGGAUGUUUUUGUUUAUCUCGCGAUUAUUUAAAAUUCCAAAUCCAUGACGACGAAGAGAGAGGAGGCAGGAUGGAGGAUCGUUCGAGCUCGUCUUCGGAGCAACGAGGAACGUGCGACGGGCACGCGCAAAACACGCGGGAACGAGAGGCGGUGUCCUAUUUGAAACGAAAAGAGAUUCACGAUCUCGUCGAUUCCCUGCUCGGCGAGCUCCUGCUGCGCCGACCCGACGAUCCGUAUGAACAUCUGAUCCGACUCCUGGACAGACGUAUCUUGACUCGCGACGGCCUCGUUGAUUCUCCUCCUCCUUUCUGCUCCCGGGAUAUAAUAAGACGAGCGAGGCAAGCCAAUCUAACUACAACAUCGGAAUCAACGAUAAAAGACAAACGAGGAACUUUCCGAGUGGGGAAAAACCGCAGCUUGUGAAAACUCUCCGUUUUA